GACAAAAAACUAUUUAUACCAGGUCGAACAAGUUUACAGCACCUAAUUCACAAUCUGAAGUAAAGAAUCUUCAUUUGUCAUAUCUCAGAAAAAACCUCCAAAAGGAGGGUUUUUUAAAAAAAGCUUUCAAGAUAAUUGAAGAAGCUACCGAAAGAUUAAUAAACAGUACUAUUGGAUUAGCUUUUCGAAAAUG